UGCCGUCUAACAUCUUUCAGUUUACGUCUCUGUGUUCAAAACCGGGACUUCAGCGCCCAGCCACCAUUUCCACCCAAUCUGUCCCAUCUUGUGUACAUUUCUUCUCUUAUUACGAACUUUUUCCCCCCUUAAACUUCAAAUAAAUAAAACCCAUCAUCAUCUGGGGUUUUAUCAAAGAUCCAUAUAGGAAUUAAGGCCUUGUUUGGCUUUUGGAUGAUUAGAUGUGAGAAAUGGGUUCAAAAAAGAAAAAGAAAGGAGGAGGAGGAGGGAGGAGGAGUAAAGGAAGGGCUUCUCUGAAAGAUCAUAAUUCUCAUGAUGGAGAUGAUAAUGAGCUUCUUUCUGAAGAGAUCACUGCUCUGUGUGCAAUAUUUCAGGAAGACUGCAAAGUUGUCUCUGGGUCACCUCUGGAAAUCAUUAUUAAGCUCAGGCCUUACUCGAAGGAUAUGGGUUAUGAGGAUCUUGAUGUUUCUGCUUUCCUCUUAGUUAGGUGCUUGCCGGGUUAUCCUUAUAAGUGCCCAAAGUUGCAGAUCACUCCAGAGAAAGGCCUGACAAAAAGCGAGGCUGAUAAUCUUUUGUCUCUGCUUAAUGAUCAGGCAAAUGCUAAUGCGCGAGAAGGACGAGUAAUGAUUUUUAAUUUGGUGGAAGCUGCUCAAGAGUUCCUGUCAGAAAUUGUUCCGGUGGCUCAGUCACAUGAAUCUCUUUUAUAUUCAACCACAGGAAGCAGUGGCCAGUUGCUCCAGAAGGAUGCUGCAAUUUCAAGUAACAAGAGUUGCUCUUCUAGGGGGCCUUUUGUUUAUGGUUUUAUAGAUCUUUUCAGUGGAUCUGGAGAGUCAUGGAAUUGGCCUUUGGAUAUGGACAAAAACAGAGGUAUAGUUUCUGCUGUACAGUCACAUCUAUCAGAUGGUUCAAAACUGGGAUAUAAUGUUCGAGAAAAGAAACUUGAAAAGAAUCCAAUGUCAUUGGCAAUGCAAGAAAAAAAGCAAGUUCUGUCACCUUUACCUGUUGCAAAAUUGGAUAACCUUAAAGAAGAAAGUGAAGAUGACAGUAAGAGCAUAUCUACUGCUGAUUCAAGCAAUUUUUUAAUGGAGAACUUGGGUAGAAAUGGCAUGAAAGGUGAGAAGGAGGAUAUUGUUCUUGAGGAAACAGAGGAUGAUGAUGGGGAUCUUGAAAGUGAGCCUUGGGAGUCCUUAUCUUCUGCAUCCUUAGCUGAUAAUCGUGCAUCAGAAGCCAUUGAAAAAGAUCUAAUGAUGGUUUAUCUGCUUCGCCUUGCUUGUGCUUCUAAAGGACCAUUAAGUGAUUCGCUGCCACAGAUUAUAACAGAGCUGUACAACCUAGGUAUGUUCUCAGAAUGGGUGCAGGAUUUAGCUUUUAAAUCAUCUUCAUUGUUCAAUAAAACCUUUGAUCACGCUUUCCGUCAGCAUAUGGUUUCAUCCAAAGUUUCUGCAUUUUGGAAACCUGCUUCUGAUUUGGGGGUGGAAAGUGCAUCUCUCCCAAGCUCUCGAUAUCUCAAUGACUUUGAGGAGCUACAAUCCCUUGGCCAUGGUGGGUUUGGCCAUGUUGUAUUGUGCAAAAAUAAGCUAGAUGGAAGACAGUAUGCUGUGAAGAAAAUUGGCCUUAAGGACAAAAACCUGCCUGUUAAUGAUCGAAUCUUGAGGGAGGUAGCUACACUUUCCCGUUUACAGCAUCAGCAUGUUGUCCGUUACUAUCAGGCAUGGUUGGAAACAGGAGUUGCUAGUUCUUCUGGUGAUACUGCAUGGGGUUCAGGGACUGCAACAAGCUCCACCUUCAGUAAGGGCGCAGGCUUGACUGAUGUCCCUGGACAGGAGAACAAACUUGAGUCAACAUAUCUAUAUAUUCAGAUGGAAUAUUGCCCUAGGACUCUUCGUGAAGUCUUUGAAUCGUAUAAUAAUUUUGACAAAGAAUUAGCAUGGCAUUUGUUUCGCCAAAUUGUGGAAGGCUUGGCACACAUACAUGGACAAGGAAUUAUCCAUCGGGACUUAACUCCAAACAAUAUCUUUUUUGAUGCCCGCAACGAUAUUAAAAUCGGAGAUUUUGGUCUUGCAAAAUUCUUGAGGUUCGAGCAGGUGGACCAGGAUGGUGGUUUCCCAAUAGAUACAACUGGAGUUUCAGUUGAUGGUACCGGUCAAGUUGGUACCUAUUUUUACACUGCACCUGAAAUUGAGCAGGGAUGGCCAAAGAUUGAUGAGAAGGUUGACAUGUACAGUUUAGGAGUUGUGUUCUUUGAGCUUUGGCAUCCGUUUGGGACAGCAAUGGAGAGACACAUUGUUUUAUCCGAUUUGAAACAUAAAGGAGAACUUCCUGCUGCAUGGGUAGCUGAUUUUCCAGAACAGGCAUCAUUAUUACGAUGCUUAAUGUCUCAAAGUCCUUCUGGUCGGCCGUCUGCCAUGGAACUUUUGCAAAAUGCUUUUCCUCCACGAAUGGAAUAUGAGCUGUUGGAUGAUAUUCUAUGUACAAUGCAGACUUCCGAGGACACAAGUGUUUAUGACAAAGUUGUGAAUGCCAUUUUUGAUGAAGAAAUGUUAGGAAUGAAAAACAAUCACCAGAAUGCUGGUAGAUUGAGAAUGGUUCAACAUGAUACUUCUUCUAUCCAGUUUGCAGAGUUAGACACAGAACUUCGUGAUUAUGUUGCUGAGAUCUCCAGGGAAGUGUUCAAACAGCAUUGUGCUAAGCAUCUUGAAAUAAUACCCAUGCGCUUGCUGGAUGAUUGUCCACAGUUCUAUAGGAAUACUGUCAAACUUCUGACUCAUGGAGGAGACAUGCUUGAACUCUGUCAUGAGCUGCGUCUGCCAUUUGUUAGUUGGAUAGUAGCAAACCAGAAAUUUUCAUUCAAGCGAUAUGAGAUAUCACCUGUUUAUAGAAGAGCAAUUGGUCAUUCACCUCCAAACCGCUAUCUUCAGGGUGAUUUUGACAUUAUUGGAGGUGCGUCAGCUUUGACAGAGGCAGAGGCUCUCAAGGUGACAAUGGACAUAUUAACUCGAUUUUUUAACUCAGAAUUGUGUGAUAUUCAUCUUAAUCAUGGGGACCUGCUUGAGGCAAUUUGGUCUUGGGCAGGAAUCAAUGCAGAGCACCGACAGAAAGUAGCUGAGCUUCUCUCGAUGAUGGCUUCUUUGCGUCCUCAAUCAUCUGAAUGGAAGUUAAAGUGGGUUGUGAUAAGGCGUCAGCUUUUGCAGGAACUCAAGUUAGCAGAGGCUACUGUAAAUAGAUUGCAGACUGUUGGUUUAAGAUUCUGUGGAGCUGCAGACCAGGCCCUUCCUCGAUUGAGGGGAGCCUUGCCAGCUGAUAAACGUACCCGCAAAGCGCUGGAUGAGUUGUCAGACCUCUUUAGUUACUUGAGGGUCUGGAGGAUUGAAAAACAUGUUUAUAUAGAUGCACUUAUGCCACCAACUGAGAGCUAUCAUAGAGAUUUGUUUUUUCAGAUAUACUUAGGAAAGGAGAACCAUCCUGGAUCACUUACUGAAGGUGCAUUGCUUGCUGUCGGUGGUCGCUAUGACUAUCUGCUUCAUCAAAUGUGGGAUCAUGAAUAUAAAACGAAUCCUCCAGGUACCGUUGGCACCAGCCUUGCACUUGAGACUAUAAUCCAGCAUUGUCCUGUAGAUUUCAAGCCUAUUAGAAAUGAAGCUACCACCAGCAUCCUUGUUUGUUCAAGAGGAGGAGGUGGUCUGUUAAUUGAACGCAUGGAACUUGUUGCUGAAUUGUGGAAGGAGAAUAUCAAGGCUGAGCUUGUUCCUAUACCUGAUCCAAGCCUCACAGAGCAAUAUGAAUAUGCUAGUGAACAUGAGAUAAAAUGUCUUGUUAUCAUAACAGACAUGGGUGUAUCUCAAACUGGCUUUGUUAAGGUUCGUCAUCUUGAUCUUAAGAAGGAGAAAGAGGUGCAGGGAAAAGAUCUUGUCAGGUUUCUCUUGAAUGCAAUGGGGACACAAUUUAGAAACCCUUCAGUUUGGAGCUAGUUCUGUCUUCAUCAAAUAUCAGGUUCUUAUUGGCCCUAGUCAUGAUUCAUCUCUACUAGCUAUGAUUUUCAGGAUAUAAUCAUGAUGCUUUAAGAGGAGAUUUUGUUUCUCAUUUCAUUGUGAAUUGGAUGCUUGUUAUUAACCCCUCCAACAAUAGGUAUAUGACAAGGAUUUCUUAUCUGCUGUCUCCUGUUGCCCCAGAUGAAGCAAACCGUGUACAUCGAUUUGCAUGAAUUUACUGCUGAGAAGUUUUUUGCAGUUUUAGGUUUUUGUUGUACUAUGAGUGAAAUUACAUUGAAUGCUACAUAAUUCAGUCGAAACUAGUGUAAAUAUGUAAACUCUCACAGGUCAAUGUAUUCAAUAGAAUAGGAAAAAACAAAAUGACUUAUCAAUGAUAUAGUUAUCACGGAGGAAAAUCACAAUAAUACAUCAUAGUUGUUGGUUUGGGUAAGAA